AUGUGGACGUGGACAAAGAAGCAGGUUGAGACGAGAAAACAUAAGGAACAGACGUCUGAUGGGGGCCAAACCAUCCCAAUCGAUCCAACUACGGCGCAGGAGCAUCAUUGUUGGGGUCUGAAAGCUGGCUGCAAAUACGAAUCCAAGCACGAAUUUGAUGUUACAAAAGCAGCAGCUUCAGAAAUACGUUCGAGCAGGCCAGCCAGCUAUAGGCGCGCAAGAAGGCAUAUUGCGUGGCCUCUUCGGAGGAUUGUUCGAAUUUGUAUGACACCUAUGAAUCGAGAGUAUCUGUUCGGGCAAAGAUCCGUUGAAAGUCUUCGAGGUUUGGAAGGUGAAAUGUUCGAAGUGCCACGCAUUUAG